AUGAGCCGUGGAACUCAGCUCUGCGCGGCGGUGAGAAACAAACAUUAAACCCCAACACCACCGGGACCGAUCUGCCAACGUGCCCGUCGACUGUGCACCAUGAGCGGGAUCCCGGGCACCGCCGUGGUCCAGGUCACCAACCUGUCCUCCGCCGUGAGCAGCGAGCAGAUGCUCACCCUGUUCGGCUUCCUAGGAGACAUCGAGGAGCUGCGGCUCUACCCGCCCGACAACGCGCCGCUGUCCUUCUCGUCCAAAGUGUGUUAUAUAAAGUACCGGGAGCCGUCCAGUGUUGGUGUGGCGCAGCAUCUCACCAACACUGUGUUUGUUGACAGAGCUCUCAUCGUGGUGCCAUGUGCGGAAGGAAAAAUCCCAGAAGAGGCCAAGGCCUUGUCACUUCUGGCCCCUGCCGCUCCAGCACCAAGUCUGAUUCCCGGGGGGGGACUGCUCCCGAUUCCGAGUCCAGCUCCGAUCCAGACCCUGAACCUUCCGAUAGUGAACCUGAUACCAGCAGCCAGUGUUGACCCCACAGCUUCAGCGCUCUCCCAGCCCCCCCUCAUGGGAAAUGUGGAUCCCUCAAAAAUUGAUGAGAUCAGGCGGACCGUCUACGUCGGCAACUUAAACUCACAGACCACCACUGCAGACCAGCUGUUGGAAUUCUUCAAGCAGGUGGGAGAAGUAAAGUUUGUGCGGAUGGCAGGAGAUGAGACGCAGCCGACGCGUUUCGCCUUCGUAGAGUUCGUGGGGCAGGACUCGGUGGCCAGAGCCCUGACCUUCAACGGAGUCAUGUUUGGGGACCGGCCCCUGAAGGUUAACCAUUCCAAUAAUGCCAUAGUGAAACCCCCAGAGAUGACGGCACAGGCUGCAGCCAAGGAGUUGGAGACUGUGAUGAAGAGGGUGAGGGAGGCCCAGUCGACCAUUGCUGCUGCCAUAGAACCAGCGGACACAGAGACUCGAUCCCCCAGUCGGUCGAGAAGGUCACGCCAGUCACGCUCCCGUUCACACUCAAGAACGCGCAGGAAAAAGUCCCGAUCGAACCACAGCAGACCGUCACAGAGGUCGGUGCCAGGGAUUCAGCCCCACAGUUCACGAAACAGCCACAAGAGGCGUUCUCGCUCCAGAGACAGGAGACGCAGUCGGAGUCGCUCCAGGGGCCACCAGAGGAGGAGUAAGGAUCGAUCCAGGAGCCCUCGGAGGAAAGUCAGAUCACCAUCAACAAAACGAAGUAAGAAAGACAAGAAGAGGGAGCGCAGCAGGGACAGAAAGGAACUCUCCACGUCCAGGAAGAGGAGCCGCAAAGAUGACGACAGGAUAAAAAACAAGGCCAAGCCGGCAAAGGUGGAAAUCAACUACAAGAGAGAAGAAAAGGACGAGUACGACAGCGAGAGAGACGACUCAGCCAGCGAGGAUGUGACGCUAUCGCCCCACGUCCUGCACAACGGCAGCUGCAAGACUCACAAUGACGUGGACAGCACCAAGUGACUGUUCCAGCAUUACUGAAGCCAAUCAUGUUGCAUCAAGUGAUGUCAUCAACACCCACUGUGUGUAUACAUACAGAAACACUGGAUAACCACUUACAUGAGUGUGUGUGUGUGCGUGUGCGGAAUUGAACUGGAAUGCAUGAUAUUGUACAUAUUCUGCAGUGUCCUCCACCAGUUUGUUCACCGCUUGAAGAACUCAAGCAUUUUUAUUGUUUCUAUGUAGAUAGGAAAGCUGGAGGCCUGAACCAGCCUCAUCAUCACAAUCUGUAACCACAGACUUCUUAAUGUCUCCCACACACGACUUCCAGAGCUUUCUCAGAAACGUCAUUUUGAAGAAAGUCAUGAAGGAACCGAGCAGCAGUCCCAAAGGAAGGACGGAGAUCGUACCUUUUUGUAAAUGGCUGCAUUUGGUGUGAUAGGUUUUUUACCCCUGUCGAAUUGUAGGUUCCUUAUCUGGUCUUUCAUAGAUCACCGUUUUCAAAGAGAGUGAUGCUGCCCAGUCACAUGAUGGUUAUUGUAAAAAAUUCAUACUAAUUAUUAUAUAAUCCAGGGCGUACCAGUUAAGAUAAGGUCGUUUUACCAACUCAAACAGCUCCUUUGUUAGCCAAUUGAAUUUUUAAAAAAUAAAAUAACUAUUCUUCUCAUUUGUCAUUUGUUUUGACGGUGAGGUACAAUUACGUUUCCCUCUGUCUGUCCAAGGCCUCAAGUGUAGUUCUUAUUCUGCUGCUGCGGAUUUAUGAAAGUGACGGCAACUUCCUAUUUUCUGAGUGAGACCAACAUGUUCCUUGAUCAAAGAAUAUGUGUAAGAUCAUGAAAAACAUUGAUGGUGUAAUAACUUGUGUUGCUGCUGAAGUGCUCACUUCCCUUCUGUUUAAUGACUUUGUGAAAGAAUCCUCUAUUCCCUCCAUCAUCCACCAACUCUGCGUCAUCUAUGAUUAAGUGUUGAUUUUACGACUUGAAGUGCUGUAAUGAGAAUGCAGAGUGAACUGCUUCUGUGAACCGGUCUCAAAAACAAUGGUAAAAGAUCCAUUUUUCAUUUGGUCAAAACAUGAAUGUGUUGCUUUAUUUCCUGUUUUUUUUUUUCUCAUGCGUGUUCACGUUCUUGCUUUUUUAAUCUUUCUCAUUUCUAGUAGUUGCAGCAAGAUCCCCUCGUCUCACGUCCUUUUCCUGUUGUUGUGAUGGUGCGAGAGAUAACUAAUUAACUGUUUUAUAGUUACAAUUCAGGCCUGUACUGUAAAAGGAUGUUGUGCAGAAUGUGCGUCGGCUUCAGAAAGCCGUCGCUGAUGCUGAAUUCACUCACGAGACACGUCACAGCUCAACAUAACGCUCACAAGCACAGAAAGGGUCAAGAAGUGCCUCGAACAUAGAUUGUACAGAAUAUUUGACUAAACUAUGGAGACUUAUUGACAGACGCAACCUGAAUUUAUUGUUCUGGAUGUUAAAUAGCUGGAGUGAGAUGUUAUAUAUGAAAGUAUUGUCUAGUAUUUAAUAGCAGAAGAAUCUGAAGAUAUGGUGGUUUUUUAUUUCAAAUGUUUUUGUCAUGUUGGUGUAAACAAAGCCAGUAUUUAAUAAUGUGUCAAAAGAGAAUCUGUAAACUGGCCCCACAUCGAGAAGAGUUUCUACAUAAGCCUGUCAUACUAUGAAAGUACUUUAAAAAGGAGACUUAACUACUUUUUAAACGUCUUUGCCAAAUUCUCUGUCUUUCCGGCUUUUACAAAUCCCCCCCCCCCUGCUUUUGUGUUUAUAAACAAGGCUUCAGUUUGAAUUAGUGAACAUGUGAUGACGUUAAGAGCAUUUCCAACAAAACUGACAGUAUGUGAAGAGGUUUAUUUUUUUAUAUCUGUGUAUCCACCACAUAGAGCAUAUACUGUAGAAACAUGACUUUCUCCUGCCGGACUGGACUGGGCGCUCGAUGUUCAGAUUUGGUGACACUGUUUUUUUGAAGAGCUUGAAUGUAUCUGAUCGUCCUCAGUUUGAAACUAACAAUAUAUUCAUUCUGUUUCCAACACAACACUCAAUAAAGCGACUUUUCAUUCA